AUGGGAGCCGUACGGACAAAGACGGUCAAGAACAAGCACGCUACGCGUGGCUCCGGCAUCAAGAACAGCAAGGCGGCCAGCAAGAUCGAGAACGACCCCGUCGUCAAGGCGAAGAAGAACAAGGAUGGCAGGAAGGCACCCGUAAAACCAGGCCAGCUGGCUAAGGAGCUGCAGAAGAAGCGCAAGAAGAAGGUUUACAGCGAGAAGGAGCUGGACAUACCGGAGCUCAACAUGGUGACGCCGAUCGGGGUGGAGAAGCCUAAGGGCAAGAAAAAGGGCAAGGUCUUCGUCGAUGACCGGGAGAGCAUGAACACGAUCCUGUCCAUGGUCCAGGCCGAGAAGGACGGCCAGAUCGAGUCCAAGAUGAUGAAGGCGCGGCACAUGGAGGCGAUCCGCGAGGCGCGCAAGCAGGAGGCCGAGAAGAAGGCGGCAGAGCGCAAAGAGAGGCUGGAUGAGACCAAGGAAUCGCUGCGCAAGAAGCGCAAGAGGCCGGAGCGCGGGUCUGCCGGGGACGACGACAAGGCCGCCGAGCGGUCUAUGAGGAAUGUCGAGCUGCAGGGCACCAAGGCCGCCAAGCCCAAGAACAAGAAGCGCGUCUCUUUUAUUGAGUGA